GGGAGGGACUUCCUGUCCCGCGCGGGCAGAACUUCCGUCAGAGCCGGAAAACUCUCUCCCUCGCGUUGUUUAAGAGGCUCCUGGCUGCAGGUUGGGGAGGGAAGGUACAGGACGGGCCCGGGGACUCCAGGGCGUUCGGCCCACGACCUGUCCUUGGCGCCAUGGGUGUGAUAGGUAUACAGCUGGUCGUUACCAUGGUGAUGGCCAGUGUCAUGCAGAAGAUUAUACCUCACUAUUCUCUUGCCCGGUGGCUACUCUGUAAUGGCAGUUUGAGAUGGUAUCAACAUCCUACAGAAGAAGAAUUAAGAAUUCUUGCAGGGAAGCAGCAAAAAGGGAAAAGCAGAAAAGAUAGGAAAUAUAAUGGUCACAUUGAAAGUAAGCCACUGACCAUUCCAAAGGAUAUUGAUCUCCAUCUAGAAACAAAGUCAGUUACAGAAGUGGAUACUUUAGCAUUGCAUUAUUUUCCAGAAUACCAGUGGCUGGUGGAUUUCACAGUGGCUGCUACAGUUGUGUAUCUAGUAACUGAAGUCUACUACAAUUUUAUGAAGCCCACACAGGAAAUGAAUAUCAGCUUAGUCUGGUGCCUGCUUGUUUUAUCUUUCGCAAUCAAAGUUCUAUUUUCAUUAACUACACACUAUUUUAAAGUAGAAGAUGGUGGUGAGAGAUCAGUCUGUGUUACCUUUGGAUUUUUUUUCUUUGUGAAAGCAAUGGCCGUCUUGAUUGUAACAGAAAAUUAUCUGGAAUUUGGACUCGAAACAGGGUUUACAAAUUUUUCAGAUAGUGCGAUGCAGUUUCUUGAAAAGCAAGGUUUAGAAUCUCAGGGUCCUGUUUCAAAACUUACUUUCAAAUUUUUCCUGGCUAUUUUCUGUUCACUCAUUGGGGCUUUUUUGACAUUUCCUGGAUUACGACUGGCUCAAAUGCAUCUGGAUGCCCUGAAUUUGGCAACAGAAAAAAUUACACAAACAUUACUUCAUAUCAACUUCUUGGCUCCUUUAUUUAUGGUUCUGCUCUGGGUAAAACCAAUCACCAAAGACUACAUUAUGAACCCACCAUUGGGUAAAGAAAGUGUCCCUUUAAUGACAGAAGCUACAUUCGAUACUCUGCGACUCUGGUUAAUAAUCCUGCUGUGUGCUUUGCGGUUGGCCAUGAUGCGCAGUCACCUGCAAGCUUACUUAAAUUUAGCCCAGAAAUGUGUGGAUCAGAUGAAGAAAGAAGCAGGGCGGAUAAGUACAGUUGAGCUACAGAAAAUGGUGGCUCGAGUCUUUUAUUACCUUUGUGUCAUUGCCCUGCAGUAUGUGGCACCUCUGGUAAUGCUGCUUCACACAACUCUGCUUUUGAAAACACUAGGUAAUCAUUCCUGGGGGAUAUAUCCAGAAUCUAUCUCUGCCUUGCCAGUGGAUAAUAGUCUACCCUCCAACUCUGUUUACUCUGAAUUACCAUCUGCUGAUGGGAAGAUGAAGGUAACUGUUACACAAAUAACAGUGGCACUGAGCAGCUUAAAAAAUAUUUUCACUCCUCUGCUUUUUCGAGGACUUCUGUCUUUUCUGACCUGGUGGAUUGCUGCUUGUCUCUUUUCUACAAGCCUUUUUGGGCUUUUCUAUCACCAGUAUCUGACUGUGGCAUGAAUCUCAGUUAACAAAAAAGGAUAUCCAAGUCACACUUUGAAUUGAAAUGCUUGUGCCCUUGAAGGGCUGUCGGAAACCAGAAGAAAGCAAAUACAAAGGAAAAAAACAUAUCAGAGUAUCUUGUUUUAAAUGCUUCCUCUGUAUUCUCAGGGUGAAUCAAUGGUAUAAUAUUUAAAAUUACAGAGUAGAUUAUUAACUGCUAUACUGUGGCAUUGGAAUUUUAACUCCUUGUAUUAACUGAUGUGAGAGGGCUAUCUACAGGGGUAAUACUUUGAUUACCUUGGUUUACAGAAACCUCCAGCAGUCUUUGAAACUUCUCAUAUGACUCCAGUUAUUGAUUAAUUGGUCUUAAUGGUGUAAAGGUACUGUUAAUACUCAUAGUGGCUGCCUAUAUAGAACAGUCUUCAAACUGAGCCAUGCUUUGGGAGAGGGAAAGGAGCUAGAGUCACUUCUGUUGGUAACCUUUCAAACAACAAUAGCAAAAUCCAACAGAAAGGAAGAAAUAGCUACUGUAUAUUACAGUAAAAAAAAACUGCAUAGUUAUUUUAAAUUUAAAGCAGAUGUACAUGCUUAAUAUCUAUAAGUACUGCUGCUUGAGAGUAGCAAGAGUAUUAUUUUAAAAUAUAUUCUGUCCAACUUGAGGGAUCUUUUAAAAUGAUUGGCCAUAUGAAUAUUUGCAGUCUAAUAGGCUUGGAACUCCCAUAUUUUAUUUUAUUUUCUGUGAUCCUAAAUACAGUUCUUUUAAUAGUCUAAAGAUAUUUAUCAAUAUUGAUCAGACUUUAAAAAGUUACUUUAAUCCUGCUGACUACCUGUAUGUAUUGUAUUGUAUAUAUAUUAUAUAUUAAAUAUAUAAUAUAUUGAGAUUAUAAAAGGUGAAAAUAUUGGAUCCUUAUAAUAUUUUAAGUUGCUGAAUGUAUAUUAAAUGUGAUUGAAUGAGCUGUGUUUGUAUCUAGAAAUUUUCUUUCUUUUUGGAAUGAGAUUAAAAUACAUUUUGAAAGUUCAUCAGAUCAAGCAAUUUAUUUGCGUUGCCCAUGUGUGAGACUGCUUAAAAUUUUAUAAAUACUUGGAUGAAUUCUCUCAAAUUAAAAUACUUUUUCUGUCAUUUUCAAACAUCAGAACCUUUCCCACUAACCAAAUCUACAGGAAUAAUUUAAACCCAUGUUAAAUAGGAUUUGUUUUAAGUUUAUAGUGUUUAGAAUAAUUGAGAUAAUUUGAAGGAAAAAGUCAUAGGAAUGAAAAAUAUAUGUAAAAAUUUUUUUGAUGCUUUGUUUAUCUAAAACCUAAAAUAAAGAGUUUCAUUUAUAAAGGGAAUGAAUAUAAGAGAUAAAUAAGGUUUGUUUUCUUUUUUGAACAAGUAGUAGAAUUUAUAGAUAAACUUUAUUCCAAAGAAUAUUCUUGAGAGGCUAUAUAUCAGUGCUAUUGUCACUAUUGAAAGCAGUUUUGAAGGUCUUUUGAAAUUACUUCCAAGGCUUGUGGUUCACAUUCAUUUGAAUAAUCGCAAUACAGACAAGUUCCUGUCUUUUGGUAUAGAUUAGGUAUUUUGGAAUUAGCUGAUAUUUUUAAAUAUGAGUGAAUAAUUAGUGCUUAAGUUGGAUAAAACUCUGGUUGAUCAGAAUUGUUAAUAUAGCCUAAUGGUAGUUCAUGUGAAUUUCUAAAAGAAACAUUCCAGAUACAUCUUGAGAUAACACCAUCCACUAAAAUAACUAUCUUUUAACAAGAUUAUAGCAAAGUAUAACAUUUAUUUUGUAUGUGAAAGUUCUCACAUGUUGGACUUGAAAAGAACCUUACCUGAUACUUAAAACCUUUUUAUUAAAGAGCUACAUUUUAAAAACUAUAAUUUAAGUUAUUUUGAGUUUCAAAGAUUGUACCAAGAAGUAAUACGGGGUGGGAGGGUGGGUGAGAAGACUUAGAAUUUAUUAUUGGAUGAAAUCACGUGCAUUUCUAAAAUACUAUUGAUUCACUCUUUUUAGACUUGAAAUCUCCCUGAGUAUACUGUGAAUGUGUGCAAACUGCAUAUUAAAGUAAUGGGUUUGAUUUAGGUUUUUUUAGUCUUUCCAAACAAAUUGAAGAGAAUGAUGGUUAUAACUACUGGUUUGUUUAAGCAUCUUGUCUCCACACAAAUUAUAUUCCUGAGUGUAAAGGGUUUAUACUUUAUGUAAGCCAAAUAUUUUUUUAAUUGAGAUAAAAUUGACAUAAAACAUUGUAUUUGUUUUAGGUCCACAACAGAAUUUAUAUAUAUAAAUUCCAAAAUGACCCAAAUUAUAUUUUAAUAUUCUUAAUUAGGCCAGUAGAAUUCUUUUUAUGUUGGGCUCUAGUUAAUAUAAGUGUUUCAUAGGUCAGUUAUUUUAUAUUUCUACUAAAUUAAUAGGAAUCCUUAGUAAUCUUGCUCCAUAUGAUUUGUGGGAUUGCAUUUGACAAUUUGUUGAUUCCUGCCCCCCACUCUCUCCCCACUGCACUAUAUAAAUCAGAGCUGUAUUCUCCUUCUACCCCCAUUGAUAUGUCUGAAAUGAAAAGCAUAUAAUUUUAUCUUAAUAUCCGUAUGCAUUUUGAUUAUCUUUGGCAUUUUCCCCAGAAUUCCAAUUGCUAUGCAUAAAUGACCAACGCAUCCAAGCAGAAUGGGCUCAUUGUCUUAUUGUUUCUGAUAUAAAUAUCAUUGGUAAAAUAGUGACAUUUCUUCUUGAGUUAUGAUUCAGAACAGAUAUUCAUCCAUUAAUGGAAUUGAUAGGUCCAGGAAGCACUAAGUAGAAUUCAUUAUGAAAUCUAUAAUUGGAACUUCACUGGAUAGAUUUUAUUCUUUCAAAUGAAAGAUUAAAUUCUCAGUA